GCUUCCCAUUUUGCAAACCACACCCUCACCGUCACGACUCCUCUGCUCCGGCUUCAACCGAACUGCGAGCGAGAGACCGACAGGAUGCAGACUAACGUGUUGGAUACCAUCACCAAACGCCUCCACGAGAAGGCGGCGCCUCCUCUUGAGAAGCUGAGCGCGACGGUGGUGCUGGUCAAGAAGAAAAACUUGGUGCCGUCGCUGUUGGACACACUGGAUGAAUUAGUCGGCAAGAGCGUCUGCUUCCACCUCGUCAGCGCCACCGCCGGCGAACCCGGUAAACUGAAUCAAGGAAGAAUAAGUCGGCCGGCGUACUUGGAGCACUGGGGGAUGCCGCUGAUGACGUCGGUGGUCGAAGGCGAGUCGCAGUUCAACGUGCAGUUUGAGUGGAACGCGAGCCACGGGGUUCCCGGCGCCGUCAUCGUUAAGAACCACCACCACUCGGAGUUCUACCUCAAGACCGUCACCUUGCCGAAGGGGGUCCCCGGCAAGAGCAACCGCAUCCAUUUCGUCUGCAAUUCCUGGGUUUAUCCGGUGAAGAACUACAACUACGAUCGCAUCUUCUUCACCAACGACACGUACCUGCCGAGCCAAACGCCAAAGCUGCUGAAGGCGUACAGAGAGGAAGAGCUCGUCCAUCUCAGGGGAGACCACGUCGACGGAGAACUCAAGGACCACGACCGUGUUUACGCCUACGCCUACUACAACGAUCUCGGCGAGCCGGACAAAGGCCACGACUACGCCCGCCCUGUCCUCGGCGGCUCCAAGGACUUACCUUAUCCUCGCCGGGGCCGCACCGGUCGACUUCCUACCAAGACUGACCCGAAAUCGGAGAGCCGGCUGUGGACGUUGAACCUCGAUAUCUACGUGCCUCGCGACGAGCGGUUCGGCCGCCUGAAGAUGUCGGACUUCCUCGGAAACGCGCUGAAGGCGAUUGUCCAGUCGCUGGUUCCGUCGCUGAACAUGGUGUUCGAUGCCACCCCCAUGGAAUUCGACUCCUUCCAAGACGUGCUGAAUCUCUUCGACGGCGGCCUGCGGCUGCCGCAGCUCGAAGAUAAUGGCGGCCAGGGCAACGACCAGAUCCCGCGGGAGCUCGUCAAAACCGACGGCGACAGAAUCCUCAAGCUUCCCCGCCCUCAAGUCAUCCAACAGGACACGGAAGCUUGGAGGAGCGACGAGGAGUUUGGAAGAGAGAUGUUGGCCGGAGUGAAUCCCCUCAUCAUCAGGCGACUGCAGGAGUUUCCUCCGACCAGCAAGCUUGAUCACAAUUUGUACGGCAACCACACCAGCUCUAUUACGGCGGCUCACAUCGAGAAGAACAUGGAAGGCAGAACGGUGGAAGAGGCGAUGAAGGCUAACAAGCUGUUCAUUUUGGAUCAUCACGAUGCGUUGAUGCCCUACUUGAACCGCAUCAACUCUGGCGACAACAAGAUCUACGCAACCAGGACUCUGCUGCUGCUUAAGGAUGACGGCACGCUGAAGCCGCUGGCCAUAGAGCUGAGCCUGCCGCACCCUGAGGGAGAGAAUUGCGGCGCGGUCAACCGCGUGUUUACGCCCGCGGAGAGUGGCGUCGAGGGCUCCGUUUGGAGCCUCGCCAAGGCUUACGCCGCCGUCAAUGACUCCGGCUACCACCAACUCGUCAGCCACUGGCUGAACACGCAUGCGGUGAUGGAGCCCUUCGUGAUCGCCACCAACCGGCAGCUCAGCGUCGUCCACCCUGUGCACAAGCUUCUCAGCCCGCACAACCGCGACACGAUGAACAUCAACGCCUUCGCUCGUCAGACACUUAUCAACGCCGGUGGAAUCCUGGAGCUCACUGUCUUCCCCGGGAAAUACGCCCUGGAGAUGUCCGCCGUCGUCUACAAGGACUGGAAGCUGACAGAGCAAGGGCUCCCCGAUGAUCUCCUCAAGAGAGGAGUGGCGGUGGAGGAUCCGACGAGCCCGUACAAGCUCCGGCUGCUGAUCGAGGACUACCCGUACGCCGUCGACGGCCUUGCGAUUUGGUCGGCGAUUGAGACGUGGGUGACCGACUACUGCACCAUCUACUACCCCGAUGACGAGGUGGUCCGCGCCGACGUCGAGCUGCAGGCGUGGUGGAAGGAGGUGCGCGAGGUCGGGCACGGCGACAAGAUGGACGAGGCCUGGUGGCCCAAGUUGGAGACCGUCGCCGAGCUGACCAAGACCUGCACCACCAUCAUCUGGGUGGCUUCCGCCCUCCACGCUGCCGUCAAUUUCGGGCAGUUCCCCUACGCCGGCUACCUGCCGAAUCGCCCCACCAUAAGUCGGCGGUGGAUGCCGGAGCCGGGGACGCCGGAGUACGCGGAGCUGGAAAAGAACCCGGACCUGUUCUUCCUCUCGACCAUCACGGGCCAGUUCCAGACCAUCCUUGGCGUGUCGCUGAUCGAGAUCCUGUCGCGUCACUCGUCGGACGAGGUGUACCUCGGCCAGCGGGACGCGCCGGAGUGGACCUCCGACCAGAGGGCGCUGGAGGCCUUCGAGCGGUUCCGCCAAAAGCUGAUCGAGAUCGAGAACCGGAUCCUGAGAAUGAACCGGGACCCGAAAUUGAAGAACCGGACCGGACCGGUGAAGAUGCCCUACAUGCUGCUCUACCCCAACACGUCCGACUUUACCCGGGUCGGUGGCCUCACCGGCCGCGGGAUCCCCAACAGCGUCUCGAUUUGAGUCGAGUUCGAAUCCAAUUCAAACUCAACUCGAAUUUGUUCGAGCUAAAUCGUAUCCUUCCAAAUAAACUCUAUGUUUACUUGUCCGGAUGUAGGUUUAUGUUUAAGUGCCCUGAUGUUGCUGUGAGAAGUGUUAAUUUAAGUGGAAUAAAGAUGAAUUGUUAGAUAAA